CUGGAGGUGAAAGGUCAGAGCUCAACAUGGCGGCCAUGUGUGCAGAUUUCGGCCGGUGAAGCAAGAGUUCAGUAGGAGGUACACAGAGGUCAGACAGAGGUCACAGGGAGGUCACACGGAGGUCACGCAGAGAUGGCAGAGGAGGUUGCCCCCGGUGAUAAGGCUCUGGUUGCCCCUGGCAACACGGGUGUGGUGCGGACAGUGGAACUGACAGAGGCUGAGCUGAUCAGACUGCAGUACCAGGCCUUACAGCAGAUUCCCAAGGAGAAAAGAUGGCCCUUCACUAGUGGAGUGACGACAGUGGGUGUGAACGCAGGGUUUGUCGGCCUCAUCGCCAACAGCAUGUUCCGGCGGGUGCUGGACGUGACGCAGGCCCGGCUCCUGUCCGCACUUCCCAUGUUCCUCAUCCCUGCCGUCACGGCAACCGGCGCGUGGCAGGCCUUCGUCGCACAGUCCAUGCUCGCAGGGAACCUGAACUGCCCAGUUUGUGCUCAGGUUCGAGGAGCGAGUAUAAACGUGCUGGCCGGCUUUGUGAACCCGGUCUGUCUGGCUAUCCCCAUGGCCGGUGGCCUGGCCAAAAGGUAUUACACGGCCGUCCUGCCGAAAGGGAGCAUACGCGACUUCUGGGAAUUCUGGGUAAGAACGAGCCGACCGAUCCUGUGGCGGAUGCUGCCCGCGCUAGCGCUCCAGGCGGCGUGGGGCGCGGCACUCGCGUCUAAGGAGUUUGACCUUUACUUAAGGAUCAGUAAACACGGCUUCGUGGUCUUGGGAGACAGAGAGACUGUCGCAGUGUCAGGGUCCAAGGAGUCUUAGCAGGUGUCUAACAAGUAUCUGAAAACAGGCCAGCAAAUCCUGCCUUGUGCAGUGGUCAAAAAACUUUUUAUGUUUACCGAAGAAAAACAUAACAUUUUUA